UUGAUGACGGUUACACUCUAGUCAGUGUGUAUGAGAGGAGUCCGGCGUCGCCUGGCUUCCUUCUCCACAUAAGUUUGUUCUUUGUUUGUCAGCUGUUAGUGAAAGAUUCCUUCCGUCCCGUCAACUCAAAACACCGCCGUGUUAUGGAACUAGACAAAAUGGACGAGAACGAUUGGAAAUACCACGGGGAAGGGAACAAGAGCCUUGUUGUUUCACACGUCCAGCACUCCAGAGUCCUCCGGCUUUUGAAAUACCCUUGUGAGGAAACACAAAACGCACAUCAGACGACGGAACAAGCUUUCCAACACAUUCCCAACAUAGUUGAUUAUUGCAGAAAUGUCAUGAAGCCCUUGUUGGGGGAGAAAUAUGUGCACAGUGGAGAAGUUGUUAAACUCCCGUUGGACUUUGUACGAAAGCUGUCGUUGAAGAUCCAACAAGAACGCCCAGAAUUACGGUGUGAUAAAGUGAUGGACACUUUCAGUGGGUGUGGCCUGUGUCUUCCCAACCUCACCCACCUGUCACUGUGCCACUUUGGAGAUCACCGACCUCCUCUGUGUGUCGAAAUUAAGCCAAAAUGUGGAUUUCUACCCUUUUCAAGACACGCUACCAAGGAAUGUAAGAGAAAAGUGUGCCGAUUUUGUAUGCACCAGCAUUUUAAGCUAGCUAACGGGAAGUGGAACAGGCUGAGUCGGUACUGUCCCUUGGAUCUCUUCUCAGGGAGCAAACAGAGAAUGUAUAUAGCAAUCAAGAACCUGUUGGAAGAACCACAAAACAAUUUGAAAAUAUUUAAGGGUGGAGAGCUGAUAUACAGCUGCAAAGAUGAUGCCAAGCAACAACCCGACUUAAACGAGCUUGUCCAGCACCUGUGGCCCUACUUCCACCACAGCAACGGGCACCAGUCCAGCAAAACUGUCCUCAGCGAGUUCAUUCAGGUGAUCUGCAGCGCUCUGCUAAGUACCGGAGACUCGAAUCGAUCUGUAGAACCGAGGAAGGUGCAGCUCUCUGACGGCAGAGUGCUCUGUGAAGCCAGUCCACUUCACAGAGAUCUGCUACGCAACGGCAGUCCUGGUCUUCCCAAAGACUGCGUCCUUGCCAAAAUCCUCCAAGCCCAGAUGAUGGACAACCUUGACAUUGAAGGCCUCUACCCACUGUACAAGAGAGUGGAGCAAUAUCUGGAGAAGUUUCCUAAAGAAAGGAACAGAUUGCAGAUCGAUGGUCCUUAUGACUCAAGUUUCCUGGAGAAGGUGAAAACGUGUCCUCCUGAAGACGAUGGCUCCAUAGAAUAUGCAGUUGCAAAGGUUCUUCAGUACAGAGUAGCAAUGACCGCUAAGGAUUGCUCCAUCAUGAUCACCUUCGCACCUUGUGGAGAAGAUGAAAAACUACAGCCUCAUUUAGAAAUCCAACCCACAAAAACUCGUUUUGCGUUCUCUGUCUCCAUCCUGGAUCUGGAUCCUAAACCGUACGAGAGCAUCCCUCACCAGUAUAAACUCGACACCAAAAUCGUCAACUAUUACCUGAAGAGCACAAUUGACACAAAGGAGCUGCCUCCCUCCAGCCUUUACAGUGAGCGGCAGGACUGCACGCUGCUCUUCCACCCCGUAUGAACCUCGCUUUCUUCUCGUCUCUGCUCCACACGCUGCUUCUCAUUUCAACGAUGGAUCUGAGUGUAUUAUUCCCAGUUUUUUUAAAAAUUAUUAUUAUUUGUAUCCACACCUCAUUAAGAUGUGUGCCAUGUUUUGUUUUUUUUACCUGGAAGUGACCUGAACUUUUCAAAGAAUGAAAGGCACAGAGGAGGAGGGGGGGUGGUGUUUGUCGGUUGUCAUAUAACAACCGCAUUCUAGUGCCAAGAGUGGCUUUCUUCGCAGGGAGUGAUCGUGUCUCUGUGUAAAGACUACAGUGAGGGGGUAAUUCAAAUAAAGAUGGAUACUUGAUGUGAAAUGAGACUACUACUCCAUAACGUUUAGGUCUGUGACCACUGACAUUAACAGGAUUUACAAUAUGGCUAGACGAAUGCAUGUUGAUGCGUCUAGCUCAAGGCCAUCGCGCUUUUUUUUGUACGUUCAGUAAGUACUGUACCAUAGUCAGUUAUUAUUUAUGUUAAGUAAUCAAGCUUCUCAAAUCAUCUUUGAUGGGGCUUGUGAUUUUAUUUUUAUUUUUUCCUCUUUUUUUUUUCUUUCUUUCCACAGUUUAAAAAAUAGCACAUUGGUUGCUGAUGACAAAUGUUUAACCACUGCAUGUGUUUGCUGCUUAAUAUGUUCCCGAUCCGUUAUGUUUUUACUGGACCUGUUGUUUACUCGUUCUUUGCUUAAUUUCCCUCCACCUAAAGUGUAGCAUGUGUAAUUACCAUGAACAACCUCUGGUAAUUCGUGUGCUGUAACCGAUGCAGUGGAUGCAGAGCAGGUUUAAAUAAAGAGCUCGUCCUUUUAAGUGAAAGAAGGGAGAGUAUGUUUUGGAGAGUGUUCUCGUUUGGCCCCAAACCAGAUUCGGCAUCGGUAAAAGGUUGUACAAGCAGACCAAAGCUGUUCAACAUACAAAUUGCACAUGAGGGUAUAAAAGAGCCAAGCUGGCACUUUCCAAAACUUCAUGACUUAAAGAAGUUUGCUAAAUUUUUAAUGGCUUCUUUAUUAUAAUGUAGUUUAAUGAAGUUGCUUGUGGCUCAUUGCGUACGCCUGGCCCAUUUAAUUGCAGCCGAAAGCACAGCAUUUACUAUAGCCAAAUCUUUUUAUAGAGACAAAUGUAAACUACUUGUGUGUGAUCAUUUGAACUAAACACUAUACAUAACAUUGAAGGACUUUGUACGCACAUGCUCGUAGUUGAGCUCGUAUCAGCUUAGAAACGCCAGAACAGAUGCAUGUCUGUGUUCAUCCACAGACUCCUGAUGCAUCAUUGCUUUGACCAGUGCUGUGAUAUUUUUAUUUUAUUUAUUUAAUUUUUUUCUCUCCUUUCACCUCAUGUGAUCUAGCGAAUGCUGUGUCUAAUAGUAUUGAUUUUAAACCACUAAAGUCCUGUUUCUCUCUUUAGUUAAACAACUGAACAAUUCUAUGGCAUGAUCAGACUUUUUACAUGUCAGCUUUCGAGGCCUUAAUCGACAGUUCAGAGGAUUUUCUUGGACAGCCUUUAAUAUCGGCCAAACUCUUUACUGUUCCUCCUAAUGUACCUCUGUAGGUGUUUGUACUUUGUGCUGCACAAUUUAAGUUCAGUAGUCAUCACAUUUGAAAGAGUAAAACAGAACAUUUUUGUAGUUUUAAGUGAAAUCAGAUGUUGAUGUUACUCUAAUGCAAAAGAUAAAAACCUUUUAGUGCAAGACUGAAAGUUUGUGGUGUUAACGCAAAACAAUUUGAUCUGCACUGCCAGUCAAAAGUUUGAACUCUUGGAGUUUGUUUUAUUACAGUUGAAUCACUGAGUGACACAGAUGUUCUAAAGAUGUAAAUCUUUAGUGUAGAAGAUAAACAUCGAUCAGCAAAAGUACAUGUAGAUGUAGAAGAGAUUUUGGCCUGUAACUUUAAUUCACAUAUCUGUGUUCCUUAAUUAAACAGAGUUAAUUUGACAGUAUUUCAGAUGGACCAUUUAGAUGGGUUAAUUACAGUGUGAAAGCUUUUGAUUGGCAGUGCCUUUGGGUACGGCGAAGGCCAAAUCUGAAGUCGAGCAAAAUCUAAAGGUUGACUUGCAGGGAGCAAAACGUUGACUGACUCACUACAAGAAACUAAAGGAUGUGUACUUGCUAAACUGAAACCCAGGUUACUAUUAAUCCUCUCAAGAAAUCACAAUCACUGUGAUUACUGAUAAAGUAAGGACUAAAAUAUUCACUAUUUCGAAAGACAAAGUGGAUUUUGCGGUCACAUUUUUUCUAUUUAAAUUAUUUAUUUUUCUAGCUAUUGUCUAAUGAUGUAUAUUUACAUACGCUAUGUGCACACGUGUACAUGUGGUGACGGAUUGUGUACAGAUAGCAUUAAUACAUUUCUUAAUAGACAAUACGGUGGUGUUUAUACUGAAUAAAAUUCUAAAGCAAACCUACAUUUGCUUUAACA